GCGGCCGCAUUGCUGACGGCUGCUGCAUCCCGCACAGGGGAGGCACACCUGCCGGAGCCGCAGCCGCCGACAGAAGAGAUGGACGAGGCGGCAGACUUUCCGCCCGAGACUCCAUCACCUGCGGUGGAGAUCGAAGAACUUCUCUCCAUCCCACCCGACCUUCCGAAGCUGGAGGGCACCUGGCACCCGGAUCCGUACGAUCCGCCAUACCCUCCCAAGAAACGGAAGGCCAGACGUCGUAAGCUAGAGCUCACCAACCAGGAGUGGCGCCUCUUUUUCAGAUUCGGCCGGGAAUAUGAGAAACUUUGGGGCCACUGGGGACGACGAGGUUCCCUGGGCCAAUCGCUGGCCUAG